CUGGACUGAAUCUUGGUGUUUUGGAGGUUUUUAUGGUCACAGGAUGCCCGGUGAGUUCUAGAGAUGGACUUGGGCAGGAGGAACCCCCAAACCAACGCGCUCAGCCCUUGUUUUCCCCCCCAUCAGGAUUUGUCCUUCCCAAAGCUUGGGCAGAUGGAGGAGGAGGCUGCGAGGAAGAGGAAGAUGCCUUGGGCCCCCCAGGCAGGUGAGGAGGAAGUCAGUGUCCCUUUGGGUGGGUGUUGUGCUGGCUCUGUCAGCCGAGCAUGGCCCCGGCUGCAGGACAACCCCGCUGGCGCCGCCGUCCUGCCGGGGCCGGAGUUGGGGGGAUGUCCUUGGCCUUCCCUGUGGGCCGGAGGCAAAUCCCCUGCCUGUCCUUCUUGCUUCCUGCCCCAGGCCCCGAGCUGAGGACGGAGAGCCCGGAGGACAAAUCCCCCCGUGAGACCCUGGUGGGAGAGGCCGUUUUGAAGGGCUCCCCGGCGCAGGAAGGCAGCGGGGAGGAAAAGGGCCGGAGAUCCCCCCACAGGAGGGGCUCCAAAGCCAUCCCAGGGUGCUCUGAGGAGGAAAGAGCCAGCCUGUGCCAGGAAGGUGGCCGGAGCUUGAGGCGGAGCUCUGACCUGGUGGUCCCUGAGCAGCCUCCCAGCAGGGAGAAGCCCUUCAGGUGUUUGGAAUGUGGGAAGAGCUUCAGGAAGAGCUCCGACCUCCUCACCCACCAGCACAUCCACACUGGGGAACGUCCCUACAUGUGUGGGGAAUGUGGGAAGAGCUUCCGGAGCAACUCCAACCUGAUCCAACACCAGCAUAUCCACAGUGGGGAACAGCCCUACACGUGUGGGGAAUGCGGGAAGAGCUUCAACCAAAGCUCCAACCUGAUUCGACACCAGGCCAUCCACACUGGGGAAUGGCCCUACACGUGUGGGGAAUGUGGGAAGAGCUUCAGUGACAGCUCCAGCCUCCGCAUCCACCAGCGCAUCCACACCGGGGAACGGCCCUACAAGUGCUUGGAAUGUGGGAAGAGGUUUCAGACCAGCUCAGUUCUCCUCAGGCAUGAGCGGACACACACGGAUGAGAGGCCCUUCCACUGCACCGACUGCGGGAAGGGCUUCAACCGGAACUCCAACCUCGUCAGGCACCGACGCAUCCACACCAGGGAAAGGCCCUACAAGUGCUUGGAAUGUGGGAAGAGGUUUCAGACCAGCUCACAUCUCCUCCUGCAUGAGCGGACACACACGGAUGAGAGGCCCUUCCGCUGCACCGACUGUGGGAAGGGCUUCAAGCAGAACUCCCACCUCAUCACCCACCAGCGCAUCCACACCGGGGAGAGGCCCUACAAGUGUAGGGAGUGUGGGAAGAGCUUCACCCAGAGGUGUCACUUGACCUCACACCAACGGACCCACCAGUAA